GAAACGACUCUUCGACUUUGACCGAACUUGCAUUACCAGCCGUCUGAUUCACCGUCUGCAACUACCACAACGUCUCACUAUGACUCCUGCUGUGAGACAGAGAGUGCCGUUCCGUUUCUCUGAGGAUGACGACUUGGACGGGCAUGUUCUCGACGAGCAAGAGCAAGAAGAGGUGCUGGAUCGCUUGCGCAAACAGAACGAAACCUCUAACGCCGUUUAUUACACCGGCCUACAGUUUGUUGUCAGUCUUUCACUACUGAUCCAUGCCGUCUUCACGUUCAGCUCAACGAAGAUAUCACCUCUCGCUCCCCUCUUCCCAGAUUCACCUUCCAAGCCCGUACCAUUCACCAAUGCACUCCUGCUGCUGCAAUAUAUUGUACACGGAAACCUCAUCCUAUACUGCCUUCCUCGAAAGCAUCAUAUGCGACAGAUGAUCCCCAACGCUUCCUUGCCACGCUCCUUCUCUCUUCCGCUCCCGCUCUCCCAUCCAGCAGCUAUUGUCUUACCACUUAUAGCGCCUGCAUAUGCCACCUUCCUCGGACGUGGAAUUGUUGACGUGCUAUGGUGGAGCGCUGCAGGAAUUUUGUCGUUGGUCGUCGGGCUGGCCACAAAGUGGAUGAGGGACGCGGAGAAGGACGUGGAGGAGCUGGACAAGUUACGGUACACCGCCCGCGGUGCAUGA